AGAAGGGUCCUGCGACCGCAAUGCUAGCGAUUGAGCUAUUCGGGGCGACGGCGCUGGGGGUCGCCAGCGGUCAUGUCACUGGCGACUCAAAUCCACCGAGCGCCAGCAACAUAGAUCCGCGGCGCUCGGCCAACAGUGUGGUGAAUAAGGCAGACCCUCUUAGUCAGGCGGGCUGAAAAAACUUCGGUGACACCAAAAACCCCGCUCAUCUCCCUUCGUCGACCACCCACCCUACCACCCUUCAUCGAAGGAUAUGCCGACCAGCGCCGUCCAGAAACCAGCACGAGGAAGCGAGCCGGCUACCGAAAUGCGUUCCCCGAGAGAAUGGGAAGACUGGAUCCAGAGCGCUCUCGACUCUGGACACGGCCCUGACGGUUCCUACUUCGUCGAUCAUGAACGCGGCGAAGGGCAGAGCAGCCUCCACCUCAUUCUCGUACACUAUCGGCCGGCCCGUGGAACAUCGAAGGUCAUCAUGCCCGUCGGUGUGAUGUGCAAGCCCGUUACACUCGACUACGCCGCCGACACCGUGGCCCAAUCGAUUACGACGACGUAUCGCCCGGAAUCCUGGAUGGGAAGGACGGUCUACUUUGCCGUGUGCGAUCCGUUUAGUCAGCAGAUCUCUUGCUACACCAUCGACGAGCAAGACAUGCUGGAUCAGAAGCGAGACGUUCGUGUUGGCGAGGACACGGUGCUAUGGGCUGCGGAUCAGAACAGGCAACUGUACGGAGUCUAGAAGUCAACCGCAAGAGCUCCGCUGUCGCGUUCCUGAUGGCAUUCUUGCCGGGUUGGCUUGCAUGGGCACAAAAACAAGGGCUAAGAGGUUGCAGCCGUACACAACAACAUGCUUUGAUGAGUAUGGGCUGCGGUGAGGCGGCAAGGCUGGCAGUUCCGCGCUAGACGUUUUAGUUUAGCUGCGAUCAUCUACCUUCCUUUCUAAAAUUAAACAGCAUUCUGGUAACU